UAACUCGAGUUACUUCCUCCGGUCUCAUCUCAUCUUCCAACUAACCAACGCAGUUUCCUACUCACCAACAAGCACGUCACUUUUUUUAACCCUCCGAUCCGGCUCCCUUCCCUCUCUCUCCCCGAUCGCCGCCGACUCGCUGCCGGCCGUCCCCUCGAGACCAGAUCUCGCCUCUUCUGCGCUCUCCUCAUCCGACGUCGCCUCUCCAAUCGCUUCCUCCGCCACCUCCCGAGCUGAAACCUUGCUCGCUGCGACACGCCCUCGCCGCCCGCCCGCCAGCCAGAUCCUCUCCGCUGGUUUCUGUAGAUGUUUUGUUGGCUCCGCCGUUCUUAGUAAGGGAUCGAGCCUGAGGAGCGAAGCCGGGAAGGGCUCGGGUUCCGAGUAAAGUUUAAAGCGAAAAGGAAAGAGUUGUUUUUGGUACUGCUUUCUGUGGCAUCAGUACGAAGUUAGUUGGUAGAAUUUGUUCGAGCUCCACUUGUCUGUGCCUAUGUUAUGUUGGGGCUUGAGAAGCCAAUUUUAUGGCUUCGCGGUUCUCAGGAAGGGAUCGAGCGUGAGGAUUUAAGCUGGGAAGAGAAAAGAAUUCUUGAAUUAUGUUGUGGAUUAACUGGCUUCCAGAUAAAGGUGCCAAAUGUAUCAUGAUGUGGAUGAGUUCUUUGCUUAAUUGGUUCAGGAUUUAGUCUACUAUUACUAUUUUUUGAUGGUAUGUUGGUGGAAUGUUCUGAGAUACCCAUGAGUUGGCUCAUUGAUGCUCAAAUAAUGGACCAGAAGACUGGUUAUCUUAGUGAGAAGUUCAAUCUGUGGUUGGGUUGGCCAAAAAAGUUCUCAGUAAGGGGUUUGAGGAAUCAUCUCUGUAGCCACUAUUUUGGAUCAAAGAAGUUGAAGGAGACCUCAAGGAGGCUGCUAUUCCUGUGGUUAGCUGGAUGGUUCAUUUGUGCCAUAUGGAUUUUCUGGUUUAUGAACUCGCAAGCAGUAGAAAAGAGGAGAGAGAUGCUAGCAAGCAUGUGUGAUGAACGUGCAAGAAUGCUUCAGGAUCAGUUCAAUGUCAGCAUGAAUCAUCUUCAGGCCCUAGCUAUUCUGAUCUCGACUUUUCAUCAUGCCAAGGAACCAUCUGCUAUUGAUCAGAUAACUUUUGCUCAAUAUGCUGAAAGGACUGCUUUUGAGAGGCCUCUAACUAGUGGAGUGGCAUAUGCUGUAAAGGUGCGGCAUUCAGAAAGAGAGCUGUUUGAGAAACAACAUGGAUGGAGAAUUAAGAAAAUGGAUUUAACAGAGCAGCCCCCAGUUCGAGAAGAAGAUGCAGAUCUCGAGAGCCCAGAGAUAUCUCCUAUACAAGAUGAAUAUGCUCCUGUUAUCUUUGCCCAGGAUGCUUAUAAGCAUGUAAUUUCAGUUGAUUUGUUAACUGGAAAGGAAGAUUGUGAAAACAUCCUACGGGCAAGGGAAUCUGGGAAGGGUGUUUUAACUGCUCCUUUUCCACUUCUAAAAUCAAAAAGGCUAGGGGUUAUUCUCACAUAUGCAGUUUACAAGUCCGAACUUCCUUCAAACGCAACACCAGUUCAACGCAUCAAAGCAGCAAUUGGGUAUUUAGGUGGAAUAUUUGAUGUUGAGUCUCUAGUGGAUAAGUUACUUCACCAACUUGCUAGCAAGCAUUCCAUUGUGGUCAAUGUUCAUGAUACAACAGAUCCUGAUCGACCAAUUAGCAUGUAUGGUUCGACUGUGACAGGUACUGGUAUAUACCAUAUUAGUACCCUUCAUUUUGGUGAUCCAAUAAGAAAGCAUGAGAUGCAUUGCAGGUUCAAACAGAAGGCUCCUUUGCCUUGGCUUGCAUUAACAACAUCAAUUGGAACUCUUGUCAUUGCUUUAUUAGUAGGAUACAUAUUUCAUGCGACUGUUAGCCGCAUUGCAAAGGUAGAAGAUGAUUAUAGGCAAAUGAUGGUACUUAAAAAACAAGCUGAAGCUGCAGACGUUGCCAAAUCUCAGUUCUUGGCAACUGUUUCUCAUGAAAUAAGAACUCCAAUGAAUGGUGUCUUGGGAAUGCUUCAAAUGCUUAUGGAUACGGAUCUUGACAUGACUCAGGAAGACUAUGUUAGAACUGCCCAUGCCAGCGGUAAAGCUUUGGUCUCACUAAUUAAUGAGGUUUUGGAUCAAGCAAAGAUUGAGUCGGGUAAGCUUGAGCUUGAAGCCGUGCCAUUUGACUUGCGGGCAGUAUUGGAUGAUAUUUUGUCACUGUUAUAUGGGAAGGCUCAGGAGAAGGGCCUAGAGUUGGCAGUAUAUGUAUCUGAUCAAAUUCCUGAAGUCGUCAUUGGUGAUCAUGGAAGAAUACGCCAAAUCAUCACAAAUCUGAUAGCAAAUUCAAUUAAAUUCACUGAGAGAGGACAUAUAUACUUGACUGUCCAUCUUACUGAAGAGGUGAUGAGUUCAUUGAACAUAGAAACAGAAUACCAUUCAGCAAAUAGCUUGAGUGCCUUUCCGGUAGCAGAUAGAAGGCGUAGCUGGGAAAAUUUCAAAAUUUUCAAAAAGGAACUCCCAGCAUCUGAUCCAUCGCUUGUAUCAACAACUUCUGAUCUAAUAAACUUAAUAAUAUCUGUUGAAGACACAGGGGUGGGUAUUCCUUAUGAAGCCCAGUCACGGGUAUUCACUCCUUUCAUGCAGGUGAGACCAUCAAUUUCUCGUAUACAUGGGGGGACUGGUAUUGGUCUGAGUAUUAGUAAGUGUCUAGUUGGUCUUAUGAAGGGCGAAAUUGGAUUUGUGAGUGAACCUCAGAUUGGUUCCACUUUUACCUUCACAGUGGUCCUUACAAGAUCAUCUAAUAACUCAAAUGAGUAUAAAUCAUUUGAAUUUCAUGGGCUUACUUCAUUGGUAGUUGAUGAUAGACCAGUCCGAGCAAAAGUCACUAAAUACCACCUUCAGAGGCUGGGAAUAAAUGCUAUAAUAGAAAUGUACCCGAAUCAAGUUCUUAACCGAAUAACUAGUGGGACAGUAGCUACGAAUUUGAUGCUAAUUGAACACGAAAUAUGGCUGACAAAUGCUGGUAUUUGGUCUUUCAUUAUGAACAAAUUAAAGGAUGAUCAGUUGGAUAUCCCUAAGGCCAUUCUUUUGGCAAAUCCUGCAACUUCUUCAAAAAAGAACUCUUCUAGUUCAUUGGAAUUUGUCUCAACUAUAAUCACAAAGCCACUAAGAGCAAGCAUGCUCCAAGUAUCUCUGCAAAGGGUUAUGGGUUGUGGAGAUGGGGAACAUUCCCGGAAUGGACGGCUUCCUCAGUUGCCAUUGCAUAGUCUUCUUCAUGGGAAACAGAUUCUGGUUGUUGAUGACAAUGUUGUGAAUCUAAGAGUAGCAGCUGGUGCUCUGAAAAAAUAUGGUGCUGAAGUAACUUGUGCAGAUAGUGGGAAAAUUGCUAUAGAUAUGCUCAAGCCACCACACAGAUUUGAUGCUUGUUUUAUGGAUAUUCAAAUGCCUGAAAUUGACGGAUUUGAAGCUACAAGAAGGAUCCGGGAGAUGGAAACUGACAUGAAUCGUAAGAUAAAUAGUGGGGAAGUGCCACUGAAUUUUCUGGGGAAUGUAAUACCCCAGCGUGUUCCCAUCUUGGCCAUGACAGCAGAUGUGAUCCAAGCAACACACGAGAAGUGCCGCAAGCUCGAAAUGGAUGGCUAUGUGACAAAGCCUUUCGAAGGGGAGCAGUUGUACAGAGAGCUCACUAGGUGCUUUAAAACAGCAACAAAAAAGAAUCAAUAGUCAUAUUAAAUGGGGAAGGUAGAUCAAAGUAAGAUCGUGGUAGCACAAGUAUUCAACCACGUCAACAUCAGGCACUUCUCAAUGGAAUAUUGAGUUAAUUCUUACAGGCAAUAGUGGAGAUGAAUGAUAUUUCGUCCAUCAAAUUGUAUGAGAACUCUCACAUGAAGCGUCAUGUGAGCUGCAAAAUCAUAUGGGAAAAUUUCUCUCAUACAUGGUGGGGGAGGAUAAAAUGCAGCUCUUGGUCUAGGAUAGAAAUGGACUACUGCCGCAGCAAUGUUGUCCAAUAAGGUGGAUUCCAGAAGAUCCAAAUUUUCCCUGUAGCAUACAUUGUACAUAGAUUAACAGUCUUUUUUUUUUUGUUUUGUUUUGUUUUUCACUCGUCUAUUAACUUCCCUUAAUAUUGUGAUAAAACAUGUCUUCUACCUCGAGUGAGAAUUCAUGUAUGUAAAUUAUAUGUUCAAUAAUAACAGGCUCAUGAAUUGGUUUCUGCACGCGCUA